AUGCAUCCAGUUGGGGGCGAGACGGCCGAUCCCGCCGGCCGGCGCGAGAGGGAGCUGGCUGGGGAACGGAGCGGGAUGGCGGGCGAACUAGCGCGGCAGCUAGCAGCCUACAUCACGGGCGUCUUCCAGUCACCCGAGCUGCUGGGUGAAGGGGUUGAGCCGUGCUGGCGACCCGGGGGCAGGCACAGCCAGCGCAUAAGCUCCACCCGCUGGACGGCGUUCCAAGAGCUCUUUAUGGACGGCUGGGCGACCUGGGCCGGCGGCCACCCCGCGGAGUCCUACUGGCGACGGCACGAGCCGGCCUUCCACGCGUACGACUAUGGCGCCAACAUCGAGAUCGAGGUCGGUGAAAGCAUAUACAACCUUCCGCGCGAGAGACACGUCCACCUGGACGAGGACAGCGAGGAGGACGGGGGGUCCGACAACGAAGAAGGAGAGGAGGACGACGCCCGGCGCGGCCUCAACGGUCUCUUCAUCAACGAGGGGCCGGACGGCCCUGCCGUGGAGGGAGGCGGCAGCCCCAGCAGCUCCGCCAACGGCCCACCAUACCGGCAGAUGAUCGGGGAGAGCGAGGGGCUACAGAAGCUGAUCACGGAGCUCGGCGCCCGCUUUAGGCCGGACAACAUCACCGCCGUCUCAUACGCCCUCGCCGUCUGCCUCCACAGCGAGUCGGGCGACUCCGAGACGCGCUGUCUCCUCGCGGACCGGAACAUGCUGGGCCGCGAGUUCCCCAGCAGCAGCGACUACACCUUCUACCCGCAGGCCUUCCACCCCGCGUAUGGGAACUUCUCCUCCAACCGCUCGCCGGCGUUCCUCGAUUCGCUGUACACCGCUAUUAGCGGGCGCGAACGGCCCCGGUAG